AUGGUUUUCCAAGGGUUUUCUCGUUUCCGUUUUCAUUCUAUAAAUGCCUGUUCCGCGGUCGGCUCCACCCGAACUCGCGCCCUAGGCUUCCGUGCUGACCGCGGCGCCCUCCUACUCGUCGCUACAUCGGUCAGGCGCGCGCAUUGUUUCGUUCGUUCCAGCGCAAGCGCUCCUCGCCGCGACGGUCCGGCAUUGGUCCGUCGCUCCAGCUCCAUAAAUUUUCGGGGCCGGUCGAUUCGGCAGGUGAGUUGUUACACACUCCUUAGCGGAUUCCGACUUCCGUGGCCACCGUCGGCGAUUCGCGUCGCUGCUGCUGCUGCCGCCGUGGCCGCCGUCGCUGCCGUCGUGGCUCCUCCUCUCCAUUCCUCGCGAUCACCCGCACCACUUCUUCCUCGGCAUCAUAUGGUGCGGACGCUUCGGCGCGACGCUCACAAUCCGCACGACCGGCACCGGACGCACUUCCCCUCCGGUCCGUCGUCGCGACCCGUUCCCGGCGUGCAGGUCGACGCGCGGUGUCCGUAG